CCACAAGCGAGCGUGCUGGGGGAAAGACAUCGCGGCUCGUCAUUCCGUGUUUCCCCACCACAGACAUACAAUACCCCGGGUAUAUCAGUGCCGUGUGACGUGUAUCCCCGCGAGGAAUAUCCACAGUUCCUCAUUUGACAACUGACACAAUGCACGUAGCGAACUGCCAAGAUGACCACACAGCUCACUCCCUUGUUCACUGAUUGUUACGAUGUCGUUCAGUGGUUAGAGCUUGUUACGUCGCUUCAAAACUCCGUGUGAUAGCCGCUCUCGACCAAUAGGAAUCCUCGAAACUCUCUGUGGGUGGUACUCCCUAUCAGUAAUAUCCACGAACAUUCCAGCCUAUUAAAAUCUCGAAACUGUCAGUGUUAUAUACUCUCAGCCAAUGAAUUCCUCGGAAAUCCCUGUGCGAGUCGCUCCCAUCCAGUAAAAAAAAUACCAAAGUACUUUAGUUCCCUCAGAGACAAUAUUGGAAGUUGUGGUGCCGUGUAUUGACGUCUUAGAAACUUGCGUCCUGGAAAAACAUCGGUGUUUCUCCUCGCCGUUCAUCUUUAGAAACCAGUGUUUUUUUCUCUCUUACAGACGAGCUAGAAACCAGUGCUUAUCUUAUCACAGACGGUCUUAGAAACUGAUGUUGUACAGCGGUGUGUGUGAAAGAAAUUAGUGACUUUUAUCUGUAGACCCCUAGAGCCUGGUGCCCUGCCGUACUAGACGUUGUAGUAACUAGUGUGUCUUAGUGGUGGUGAAAUCUCAUCUCUCUAGAAACAGACAACCCAAACUAGAUGAACUAGAAACUGAUAAUCCUUAGGAAAAUCCCUAGAAACUUGUGUUCUAUAUCAGAUACCAUUAGAGAAAUACUGACUUACUGCAGCGGAAACCCUAGAAAUUAGUGAUCUUCCUUCUCAAGUUCUUAAAUAUCGACAAGGUGCACCCAGGGGGCCGUAUUACACAUUUAGAAAUCGAAGUUAAAGACGUCAGUACUGAAAGUCAUAAGAGGACGCCUCUGUCUCACUCGUGUGCUAAAAAGUUGCCGUCAAACACAGAUUCUUUGGACUCUAAUAUCAACAUAAGAUCAGCAAAAAAUGGGGUUUAUGUAAACUAUCAUUAUGACAAGUAACGCGAUGGACCGAACAUUAUAAGAACCCCGUUUCUCUGAGUUCUAAUGUACUGUUUGAGUAUCGAAGCCUCAAACGACCAGACCUGCAUCACCCACUGGACUUCCCCUCCAGCAGUGAAUAUCCCAAGACAUCCUCUUCGGUCUUAGGCUUCUUCAUUGAUCUUCCCCAAGGGCGUCCCCUUCCACUUAAUGUUCUCUCAAGGACGUCCCCUUCGUCUUUAAGGCUCCCAAGAACACCCCUUCGCUCUGGUCUCUCCCCAAGGACGUGUAGUAACACCAGAACAUCGACCCAUCUCUCGCAACGUCCCCCACCGGGUAUAGAAUUCCCCAGGGGAGAGGUGCGGUGCGGGCAGGGGAUCCGUGCCGUGGGGGUGGGGGUGUCACUAAUGCCCAAGACUGGAGGUUGUGAGGGUAGACGGGCCAAACCUUCCGGCGGAGGUGCCAGCUCGGCCCCGCCCUCCCACGUCUCCCCAUGCUCGUCUCCGGGCAGUACCACGUCUACUUCAGCGUUCUGCAGUCCAACUGUGGCAGUGAGGCGGGACAAAUGUGGCACAAGUUCUCUGCGCUGCACCAUUUCUCGCGGCGUAGUUCCACUGUGUUCUCACGAUCGCUGGUGUUCAACCUAAUCACAGUGUACACCCCAGUCCUGCUGCUGGCCGGCUCCAUCGUCACUUCGGCCAAACAGAUCUUGAGUCCUAUCCACUGUGAAGGGGAGGGGAAGGAUGGUCUCAGCAAGGACUACGUGGAGACUUACUGCUACAUCGAGGGGACCUUUAACCUAUAUAUGAAACAAGUUGAACAACAGGUGAGACCGGGUGGUCACCUGUCUCCACGCAACCAGGUUCGCUUCGACCAGCAGGUUGGUAAAAAUGUUAUCUACCCCAACUUGGGCCAAUUCGUGGAAGGCCAAAGUUCUCGGAGGGAGAUCUCAUACUACCAGUGGGUGACAUUCUUCCUGCUGAUUGAGGCGCUCGUCAUCUACUUACCACGGCAAAUUUGGCACCAGCUGACCCACAGUCAGUGCCUCCCCUUUGAUUUCACCAACCUUCGGCGUCGUGAGGACUGGGAGGAUAAAAAGAACUUCCUGGUGUGGCAUAUGAAGCAGACGAGGGGGAAUCACGAGUACUGGCUCUGGCAAUACCUAUUGACAGAACUUUUAGCAAUUGCCUUGCUCGCCUCUUUCUUCAUUCUCACUGACGUGUUCCUGGGAGGUGACUUCUACAACUACGGUCUGGACUGGGUCAACUUCAUGCACAAUGCAACCAACACUACGAUUUCUCCAAUGACGGCACGGUUCCCCCGUCUGACCGUCUGUAAGCUACAGUAUCACAGUCGUGGAGGCACCAUCAACAGUUACUACCCACUCUGUCUCCUCCCUAUCAACUGCUUUAAUGAUAAGAUCUUCCUGUUCCUCUACUUCUGGUACUGCAUGUUGUUUGGACUGUCACUGCUGCGGGGUUUAUACAUGCUGGUGCUUGUUACAUGCAAGCCGGCACGUCGAUUGCGCCUCAAGUUCAGCGCUAAACUAGUGCCCGAAGAUACUUUGGAUCGGUUCAUUAAUGCACACAAUCUCAGUGAUUGGUUUGUGCUGUGCAAUCUGGCACCCACCAUGGACCCUGUACUCAUCGCUGAGCUUGUCACCCAGCUUGUGUAUGAGGUACAAGGAGGAGAAAGUUCCGACUCCAAACCGUCCCGCCUCGGUAAGCAAGAGAAAUCGCUUCAGUCUGUAAAUUACAUAUGAGAUUCAGCGCCGCGCACUUCCCCACACUCGCUCACACACUGCCUUCCCAAUGGUCAACCCAGCUUCGGGUUCCGCGCAAAUGCGCACCCGUACGGCCAGUAUCAUAACCGCUACCCACCCGUACACGGGUACGGCACCGCCUAUUCCAACGGCCACUGCGAGGGGCUGUAAGUGUGGUUGGCUCCUGCCUGGCCUCUGUGAGGUCCUCCAACCCUCAGACCUGGGCUACGGCAGCGCACAGGGCUCGGCCCAGCCCCCUACGCCACCUAGACGCUCGGGGCUGCAGAACCGCACGCAGGGGAAGGCGCCGCGCGACUCUCAUACCACCACACCACCACGUUGGGGCUUGCUGCCCACCAUGCACCUGGUGUACCCUUCCAGCUAAGCCUGGGAUGGUGGGCUGCUCCGCUCCGCCACAGCAACAGAAUAAGCAACAGUGACAACAACAAAGCAGAACAAGAGCGUGGUCGAGCCCUGAGCUUUGCCAUGAGACCUGCCACCAUAUCGCAUGAUGAUGAAAGAUGACCUCUGCACUUGGAUCGUCCAUCAACAACACACCAGGCCCUUGCAACACCAACACUUUGCGUUUCCAACAGGGGGCCUGUCAGUGAUAAAUAUCGUUGAAAUUAUAAUGUUUGUUUUGUUACUGGCAUGAGUUUAUGGGAAGUAUCCACAAGUAUCUUGGUCACUGCUGCACUGGUCGCAACCUGCAAUCAGUCGACGGUUCUUGUUAAGUCAAGUUUUUUCAUAUAGUGAAUCUAAUCUUUAAAGGACUGUUUGUGUGUAUUUUAUAUGCUCGUAGAUAUUUUGUUUUGCUUACUUGUCUAAGCUGUGUAGCUGACUGGUGAUAUUACAAGAAAAUGUUUUCUGUAUAUGAAAGUUUUAUGAGUAUUUCAAGUAUUCUUCAGUAUUAUGAAUGAGAGAACAUAUACUCAGAUGAAGUAAUAUAUAAGUUUUGCUAUUUAUUUUGCGUGUGGUCUGUCAUAGUGCUUCUUGUUCAUUAACUAAAAAACAGAAACACAGUGGAUUUACGCUACUUAAUGAUUGCUGAUGAGCCACACGUUUAGCUCUACAGGCAACAGUGUGCAUCUCGGUCGUUUGACACUUGGCUCACCUGAGAAGCAACAGCCACUUCCCACAUGUGUCUGGGUCACACCCACAACUACAUCCACAAUCCACGAACUUAUAAGACAAGGCUUAACACAUUUGUCGGCCCAAAUCACACGAGGUCCUCCUCAUUCACUAAACACAUUAAGACGCCCAGAAGGAAGGUGAAUUCUGUGUAAAAUAAUAAUGUGAAUAACAUGAAAAGAUGUGUUGGUCAUGUGGAUGUUAUGUAUGGGUGGUGAGGCCUGGCCUGUGGCAAGGUUCAGCUCAUGGGUCGCCCACACCGCCGCGGGCUUCCUGCUUUUCGGGGGUGGUGCUUGGAUGAUCACACACACCCCAGCCAUAAUAGCGAGAGACUCUGCCAAGUAUCACACAGCGCGAUGAAUAUUGGGUAUCGUGGAUGGACCUGUGCGAAUAUAGAUUUAAACAUAAGUUGACGUACCCGCAAGGUUCCGAGUAGUGUAUUAGAAUCCCCAUACUAAUUUCUAGGACAUCGACAUAAUGGCCGUUCUCUCCUUGUUGAAGCUGUACGGAGUUCUGGGGUGGCUGAGAAGGUAGUAGGACUGUAACCAAGUCUACAGUUCUUACCUCCUACCACCCCUGCCUCCCCUCCCUCCCAACUAUCAUCUUAUCAGCCUAGGUUAUAUAGCCAUUAUGUUUACUCGUCAGGCGGGGCGUCAGACAGGUAACAUAUGUGUUUAGACUUGUAUAAAACUGGUUGUUUUCUCACAUUCUUUAUGGAGAUUAAAAAGACUUUUCUAUUGUUUUGUUGUGAUGUGCAUAUUUUAUAUGUGCCAGUGUCUUUUUUCGAGCUAGGUGAAAUCGAAUUUUACUAGAUCAUAUUUAUGUUGUCUGUUCAAUAUGAUGUUUAUAUAUCCUUACAGCAGAAUGUUAUUAGUUUUAGCUUCUUAAUGGAACUGCGCAUUAAUUCUCCAUAACUAAAGAAAGUUACAGUAGGGAGUUGCUUGAUAAACACUUGCUUAGUUAACCUGUAGCUAAUCACGGUUUAGAGCUCUCGAUAACAAACAUCUCUCUCUCUCUCUCUCUCUCUCUCUCUCUCUCUCUCUCUCUCUCUCUCUCUCUCUCUCUCUCUCUGCUCU